AUGCGACCGGCUGCCGAUCAACUGGCAUGGUACCUGAACCGUUACGAGUCGCGACUGAGCGAGCGACGAGUCGGGAAGACGGAAAUCACGGCUGCGAGACAAUCUACUACUCGGAUCCUGAAUAUUUCUGCCGAGUUUUUCUUCUUCAGUUCCGAGGAAUGCGUGCAUGGCAUGGUGGAUCUGCCCUCGUUACGAAAGACCCGUCACGAAAACUCAUGUAUCUACAUGUCAUUCAUCUUCGCCGUCGCAAUGGACAACCGACGACAAGCACGCAAUUAG